CCCAGGUGGAUGCAAUCUCGCUGGGGAGCCCGGCCGCUCAGUUCCCGAUUCUGUCGGGGGUGCCGGCAGCUCGGGGCUCCGCAGGCUGCUAAGGAUGGGCAAGCUGAGCCCGUGCACCGGCGGGAGCCGGCCUGGAGGUCCCGGGCCGCAGCUGCCACUCUUGUGGCUGCUGCUGCAGCUGCUGCUGCUGCUGCUGCUGCUGUCGCCAGCCCGGGCCUCCGGAGCCACCCAGCCUCCCCAUGUGGUCUUCGUGCUGGCUGACGACCUGGGCUGGAACGAUCUGGGUUUCCACGGCUCGGUCAUCCGCACGCCGCACCUGGAUGCGCUGGCGGCCGGCGGCGUGGUCCUGGACAACUACUACGUGCAGCCACUGUGCACGCCGUCGCGGAGCCAGCUGCUCACCGGCCGCUACCAGAUCCAUUUGGGUUUACAGCAUUACCUCAUCAUGACCUGUCAGCCCAGCUGUGUUCCCCUAGAUGAAAAACUCCUGCCCCAGCUUUUAAAGGAAGCAGGCUAUGCUACGCACAUGGUUGGGAAAUGGCACCUGGGGAUGUACCGGAAAGAAUGUCUGCCAACACGCCGAGGAUUCGAUACCUACUUCGGAUACCUCCUAGGCAGUGAAGACUAUUACACCCACGAGGCUUGUGCGCCGAUUGAGUCUUUGAAUGGUACCCGCUGUGCACUUGAUUUAAGAGAUGGUGAAGAACCUGCAAAAGAGUAUAACAAUAUUUACUCAACAAACAUAUUUACCAAAAGGGCUACAACCCUCAUAGCUAACCAUCCACCGGAGAAACCAUUGUUCCUCUACCUUGCCUUCCAGUCUGUCCACGACCCCCUGCAGGUCCCCGAGGAGUACAUGGAGCCAUAUGGCUUCAUUCAAGAUAAGCACAGACGUAUUUAUGCGGGGAUGGUGUCCCUCAUGGAUGAAGCAGUGGGGAAUGUCACCAAAGCCUUGAAAAGCCACGGGCUCUGGAACAACACAGUCUUCAUCUUCUCCACAGACAACGGUGGGCAGACUAGGUCUGGAGGCAACAACUGGCCACUCCGAGGAAGGAAGGGGACCUUGUGGGAAGGGGGCAUCCGAGGAGCAGGCUUCGUGGCAAGCCCCUUGCUGAAACAGAAAGGCGUGAAGAGCCGGGAACUCAUGCACAUCACCGAUUGGCUUCCCACACUCGUACAUCUGGCUGGGGGAAGCACUCAUGGAACCAAACCUCUGGAUGGCUUCAACGUGUGGAAAACUAUCAGUGAAGGACGCCCGUCCCCGAGAGUGGAGCUGCUGCACAACAUCGAUCGGGACUUUUUUGACGGCUUACCAUGUCCUGGCAAGAACAUGACUCCAGCAAAGAAUGAUUCUUUUCCGCUAGAACAUUCUGCCUUUAACACGUCUAUCCAUGCUGGGAUCAGAUACAAAAAUUGGAAACUCCUCACGGGCCACCCAGGCUGUGGUUACUGGUUCCCGCCUCCAUCUCUAUCCAACCUCUCCGAGAUACCUCCAGUGGACCCACCAACCAAGACUCUCUGGCUCUUUGAUAUCGAUCAGGACCCUGAAGAAAGACAUGACAUGUCCCAGGAGCACCCCCACAUCGUUCAGAGCCUUCUCUCCCGCCUGCAGUACUACCAUGAACAUUCUGUACCUUCUCACUUCCCACCCUUGGACCCCCGCUGCGAUCCCAAGGGCACUGGUGUAUGGAGCCCCUGGAUGUAGAGCUCUGGGGGAGGGGGGCUGAAGCCCAUUUCUGGGCAGGUUAGACCUCAGGCCCCUACUCUCCUGGCUUCUCUUCUUUAUCAUCCCCCACCCUGUCACCUGGCCCUCAUGCUACAUAACCCUCCAAAGGAGUCCAAUUUCAACCCACAGUACAUUUUAAAAGCCAGUAAACUCUGGAAGGAUCCUGGUGUCGGGUGCAGUUAGUGUCUGGGGGCCAGGGUGGCCGGGUUCAGCCUGCCUCCUAAGCUGCAGACGCUGGGAACUUGACAUAGGAAGUUAUCCUUGUGUCCCGGAGCCCUGGACAGCUGGCUCGUUUUGCUUCACAAGUCAGCUAUUAGAACUCCCUCUUCUAAUAACCAGCUUUAUUGGCAGGACACAUUUCUUAUAACAAAGGCAGGGAGCAAAUGAUUGCUAGUGGUUCUGUUGGCUGUGAGGGCUCCCUGUCUGUGAGCUCUUCCACAUCCAUGACCCUGACCCUGACCCUGACCCUGACCAGUCUACUCACUCAUCUUCCUGUGGAGCAUCCAGCCCAUUGCAGUAAGCCAGCAUGGAGGCAUGUCUGUGCCUUGGUUUUGGUUUCCACGGUAACUAAAUGUGUUUUUAUCCCCCCACCCACUAUUGCUCAUUCUGUCCAGACUUCUGCUAACCAGCUUGCGUGGUUCUGUUCCUGUCAUACCUUUGGACUUCACUGUCCUGUGCCUGAGGUCUCUUUCCCCUCUGCUCCACCCAUUCUGAGCUUUGGGAUAGCCCUAAGCCCUGCCCAGCGGAGGUGGACUGGUCAUUCUGUGUCCAUGCUAAUGGGAGUUGUGGGUCUGUGGCAUCUGCUAAGGAGGUUUAUUCACAGUUGCAUGGGAUCCGUCAAGACUGUGGCUAGAUCUCCCACUAUGCCAUGGUCUAUGCUGUUUUCUCAAGCAGUGGCAAGAAAGGCCAGGCUACCCCCUCUUCUCCCUGAGAUGACGGAUGGAGCAGUCUCAGACAGGAAGUGGCCAAUGUCUGGAAUGUUGGCCUCAGUAAGGCAGAGGAGACACCGUCCACGUCCCUUUCAUUCUCUGUUUCACUGCCCUGUUCUAGGGCUCUGGAUUCUGGGCCUGGAGAAUGAGGACACACUAUUUGACCUUCAGCUCUUUCUCAGACAGACCCUCUUACAUCCUACCUACGUGAGUCCGCCAGAUUCUCAGCAGGGAGUGUCAAACCCAGUGGUACUUCUUAUUAGCACCUCUGUCUCAUUCACAGUUUAUCACCAACAGCAGCAACUAUGCCUGCAACAUAAUAGAUAGCCAAUACUUUUUUUAAAAAUGAAUGAAUGAACAGAGUAAGCAAGUGUCACCGUGGCAUUCACUAGUCCAGUGAGCUGACUGUAAGGGCAGUAUAAAUAUCCUCCAGCCCUUACGAUUCUGUCCUCAAGCUGUCCCCUCCCACCUCUGCGCUGGCGGGAGAAUGAUCUGUAUAUGAUGGCCUCUGCAGGUAGACAAAAGAGAAUUCUGCUUCCCGGGAAGUCUCCUUUGCCAACAAUCUCCAUUUCCAUUUCUUCAGUGCACACUAGAAAUUAAAACCACCCAAUAAUAUGAUGUGUACAGUCAUCUUCAGUUCAGUAGCAGCAUCUCCUGGUCAUUAAUAUUCUGUAUUUUAUUAUGGUAAGAGUAUUAUAAGAAAACGGUACUGUAGCUAAUGACAUCUUUUACCAACCUUUGCCCAACUGGGCUGGCACACAGCCUACCAUUAGUCCACUUUUUACUCCAAAGACUGUGACAGGGCCUGAGUGGCAUGAGUCUGAAUACUCCUCCUGUGUCCUUCUCCUGCAGCUAUAUGUGGACUGAAGGUCCCUACUUCAUAACACCUACUUGAUCUUUCCUUAGUGUUCUCAGAACAGCUGUCCUCAGUUCCAGCUGUGAAUGUGGGCAGUGUUUGGAACAUUAACACAACUAACGGAUUUAAGGAGACUUUCAGAAAGUGAUUCUUAAAAAUAACUGGAGGUUUUGUCUGAUAAAACAAAUAGAAUGGAAUAUGUCUCAGAUAAUAUCUCAUUGGAUUUUCAUGUUUUAUAUAAAAAUAAAAGCUUGAUGACCUAUUUUUAGAGAGGUUAACAUUAGUUCUUUCCAAUUUUGUUUAACCUUGAAGAUUUUAUUUAACUUGUAAACUUACUCCUUCGUUAUGACAUGAUUGUUCCAGAUUUGAGGGACAAAAUAAAAUUAAAUCUUUCUAAAACUA